AUGCGCGCGUGCCUCGCGCGGCCGACCGUCGCCGCAGCCGCGGGUCCAUCGCGACCGCAUCGUUCCGAUUAUUCGCGGCGGCGCCUUCGCUCGAUCGCGCGCGUCCCUUCUCGCGCUAGCACACCCGCGCGCGAUGCGACCACCGCCGCCGACGACGCCCCCGGCCCCGCGUCGUCACCGCGCGCACCGGUGGUGAUACACGAGGACGACGACGUUCUGGUCAUCGAUAAACCCGCGGGCAUGAGCUUCCACAAUGACGACCUCGUGACGAACCUCCCCGGGGUCCUGUCCACCGUCAGGGCGCUGCAGGCCAAGGGCGAGCUGCGCGGCAGCGACUACGCCGGCGAGCUGCACUCGGUACAUCGACUCGACAAGAUCACCUCGGGGAUACUGCUGCUGGCGAAGAACGAGCGCGUCGCGUCCUGGCUCGCGCGCCAGUUCGCUCGAAGGCGCGUGCACAAGUACUACGUCGCGCUGAGCGCCAGGAAACCGUCCAAGAAGAUGGGAACGGUGCGAGGCGACAUGGCUCAGGCUCGACGGGGAACGUAUAAGCUGACGCGGUGUUCAUCUAACUCGACGCCCGCCGCGGUGACCAAGUUUGUAUCGCGCGGCGUUCGCGGCGCGUCACCGGGCGGCGACCGACCGCUGCGCGUGCUGCUGAUGCGACCGCUGACGGGUAAGACGCAUCAGCUGAGGGUGUGCGCCAAGUCCCUCGGCGCCCCCGUGCUCGGAGACGCCGCCUACGGUGGCGCUGAUACUAACAAAAAUGCUAACAAAAACGACGGGGCCGGCGGCGAGGACCGGGGGUACCUGCACGCCGCCGCGCUUCGCGUCGCCAUGCCGGGCGGGAACGUGAUGGAGGUGGUGUGUAAACCGACCGAGGGACGCGAGUGGACGCACGCGAGUGCGGGGUUUCACGACGCGUGGACAUCGUUCGGCUUUGACGAAUUGAUCGGCGCCGACGAGUGGUUCGGGGGAAGCGUCGGCAGCGGGCUCCUCGCGUCGAGACGGGCCGAGCUGUUCGAAGACGAGGAUUAA